AUGCUUACCAUACCUAAUGCCAAUCCGGUGACGGUGGAUGAUCUUGAGGACCUCUGUUUCCACAACGAGUUGGUGGAGCGAUGUCUCAAGGGUCGUUUGGUGAUCAAGGACUUUGAAGAAUUCACGAGUCGUAUUGGAGAGCUGUACAAAGAAAUUCUGCCCAACUCAGACGGGAAGGUGGCAGACUAUAUACCAACGCUAGCCUCAGUUAACCCAGAUCUAUUUGGUGUGGCACUGUGUACGGUUGAUGGUCAGCGCUGUGGGUUUGGUGACUAUCAAGUUCCCUUCAGUGUGCAGAGCUGUUCUAAAGUGGUCACCUACUGCAUGGCCCAGACUAAACUGGGCGUAGAAACGGUCCACAAGUAUAUAGGCAAAGAACCUUCCGGGCAGGUGUUCAACAAACUCGUACUCGACAGCAACGACAAACCUCACAAUCCGUUUAUUAACGCGGGGGCUAUAAUGGCUGUGGCUCUGGUCAACCCUAUAGAGGAACCAUCCAAAACGUUUGAUGACGCGCUUUCGAUCUGGUACGACAUGUGCGGCUUCAGCCGGAGAAGAUACCGCAACGGCACCGCCAACUUAACGAGUGGCGAAACGCCACCGCAGUUCAACAACGCAACAUAUCUUAGUGAGAAGGGCACCUCGUACAGGAACACAUGUCUUACCUAUAUGAUGAAGGAAGCAAAGUCGUUCCCUGAUUGGGUGAACAAUGCGCGCGACAUAUCCAAAGUGAUUGAAGGCUAUCUGCAGUUCUGCUCCAUCGAGUGCACAGCCGAUGCCAUGUCUAUGUUAGCAGCCACCCUGGCCAACGGAGGAACAUGUCCCACUACAUUGAAGACCGUGUUCCAGCCUGAGGUUGUGCGCAAUGCGCUGUCGCUGAUGACCACGUGUGGCAUGUACGACGCCUCAGGACAGUUUGCCUUUCAAAUUGGAUUCCCCUGCAAGUCCGGUGUGGGUGGAGGAUUGCUGAUUGUUAUUCCUGGUGUGAUGGGCUUCUGCACGUUUUCGCCGCGCCUAGACUCGUGUGGCAAUAGCGUACGAGGGGUUGCCUUCUGUAAGGAAAUGGUGGACAGAUACUCAGUGCAUCGUUUCGAGAGUCGAAAUAAAGCUCCGCUGCGACGAUUACAGACACAUGCACAGCAACCGGCGAGUUGGGAAGACGAGAUGACACAGAUGCUGUGGGCCGCAUACAGAGGCGAUGAGAAGUUUGUCAAACAAAUCAUUGCAAAAGGAGCACCGGUUAAUUAUUCUGACUAUGACGGGCGUACUGCUCUUCAUCUGGCGGCGUCGGAGGGACAUCUGCCAAUGGUCAAACUGUUAGUUGCAGCAGGAGCUAAGGUUAAGAACAUGGCAAAGGACAGAUAUCACAGCACACCAUUGAUGGAUGCGCACAGAGAGGUGCCGCAGACGCAGUUGGACGCGUUCUACCGCACAGCCAUUGUGGCGAAGACCAUUCGCGGUGAGCUGCGCAUACCUGGAUGGCUUGUGUGGUGCAAGGACAUAGCUGAGUUCUUUGACUACGCCACCAAGAAGGCUCUGGAACAUGAGGGUGACCAUCCGUCCGAGUACAUGGAGAUACUGCGCGAAAUAGAUCCCAGUUUGGCGGGGCUGUGUGUGGUGUCAGUGGAUGGGCAAGUGCUGUCGUUGGGUGACACCGACGCCAAGUUCACCGCUCAGGCGUGUAUGAACCCCAUCAUGUACGGCCUGGCCCUAGAGACACGCGGCAGUGACGAGGUGCACAAGCACGUGGGCUUUGAGCCGUCGGGUCAGUUGUUCGAUGCGCUGAUUCUCGAUGAGCGCCCAAACGCAACGGGACGUCCCGCCAUGCCACACAACGCAAUGAUUGCGUCUGGGGCCAUUCGAGUGUGUGCAUUGGUCGCCAAUGGGCGCACCAGCACAGCCGCAGCAACGGAUGCGCUCAAGACAUUCGAACACUUGGCAGGGGGCAGGAAAUGCUCGUUCAAUGAGGUAUCUAUACUCGAAG